ACGGUGAUGACCGACUUUGAGCGCAAAGAUAGCCCGAUCUAGCACUUCUCUUCUGGCACUUGACGGAAGAAUAAAUCCCUGUAGUCGCUUUCCGACUGGCCUUCGGUUCCCAUUCCGACCGCUGACCUUCUUGAAAUGUAAUCGCAUUCUCUUGUCCUCGAUUUUCCCCGUUUGUGUUGUGUCGUACUCGAAUGUACCUCUGUUCCGUGGUUCAAUUCUCAAGCGUUUUGACUGUUGUUACUGCCACUGGUACUAGUGGUAGCUGGGUUCAAGUUGAACGCAGUCGUCGUGUGAAUCUGUCUUGCACGCGACUGCAAACUCGAGGAGCCUGAGCUAAGAUUGUGAAGGAAGGAAUCGACCGUGGAUCUUUCGUCCAGCCUUCUUUUGCCGAGGCUAGGUUGAGUUUGGCGGCAAUUCGACUCUGUUCGCGAGGGACUAGCAGGUUCUGCAGCAGUUGCAGGUUGCCUCUCUGUUCGCAUUUCCACUGCAGCUGCUGACUUGCGAUCACAGCCCACCGCUGGCCCCGCUGCAGUUUUCCGAACCUCAUCGCGCAGAUAUCUGUGAAGUGCGUGGGUUUCUUGUCUGCUCCGUCGUUAGUGGUCGGUUCGCACGUCUGCUGUUGGUUGGAGCGAUCUGAGUUCUCUACCUCGCACUCUCUGUACAUCGAUGGUGCAUGUGCCGGUGCUGUCUGGAAGCUGAAACUUACUUACUUACUUGAAAGCUGAGCAAGAUGAAGGUUCACAGCCGGCGUGCGGGGAACAUGGGCCUGGCCGCACGGAAGUACUCGCUGCUCUUAGCGACGUUGCUGAUGCUUCCACUGCUGGGCAGUGUUGUAGAUGCCGCUUCUUGCUCGUCGAUGGGCGUUCCAAUGCUGCGAUCACUGGGUAGCACAGCUACAGGUCCAGGGUCUCAGCCUGCAGGUAUUCAAGCUGACAAGAAUAUCACCGUGAUCAACAAUUCCUCUUCAGCGGCAAGUAUCAGCACCCCGCGCUGCCUUGUUCAAGUCGCCACACAUGUCACCAUCAGCGAGCUGUUCACCUGGUGGCUGUUCAAUGGUGUGCCCAUUGAAUCGCUCAGGGCUCACUAUUCCAUCACGGCCAGCUUGUAUCAGGACACAGUUGACGGUGUCCAGCGGCUGUUUGCAUCCACGGCAAUAACCUGGCCAGACACCAUCACCGAGUCUCAGCAAGGCGUCUAUUCAUGCCGCGUUUGCAAUGAAUCAGAGUCGUUCUUCCUGAAUGUGGUCGUCCCCGCCAGGAUACUGUUUGUGAACUCCAGCACGGCCCUCUUGGCUGGUAGCAGUGCAACUCUGCUCUGCACGGCGGAAGGCGAAUCACCCGUGCACAUGUCCUGGUAUAGGGACGGAGCGGAGAUCAUGUCGGCCACUUCCCAUUCUCUUCAGCUGGUGCUGGACAACGUGAGCGCGCAGCACCGCGGCACGUACCGCUGCGUUGCUUCCAAUCUCUAUGGCAACGAGUCACGUGACCUGGUGAUCUUUGUUCAAGAGGUUCCAGUGCUUCGAGCUGGAUCCACUCCAGCGUUGAUCAGCAGCGCUCUCACAUCGACCAGUGCUAACUUCAGCCUGCCGGACGUUGCAUCGAACGGCAAUGCCACCGUGAUCCACUACAGCAUCACCUGCACUCCCACCUCUAUGUAUGCGUACGCCAAAGCACGCACCGCGGUGGCAACCUCGCAGACAGUCACAGUGAGUGGUCUGCAUCCCGGCGUGGAGUAUAUGUGCGCAUACAGAGUCCUCAACGCAGUUGGUCACAGCAGGCUGAGCUCACCCCUGAGAAUAUGUACAGCCGAAAGCAUUUCUGAUCCACCGACGUCACUCGAAAUUGCAUCCGUGUCGCCUUUGACUAUUGACUUCCAGUUCCAGGCACCAGCAGAGAAUUCCUCGUUUGGAGUGAUCAGUGGCUACCGAGUGUACUACUGUGAGUCAGCCGGCUGCAACAACACAGCUGACUGUCCAUGCCUGCCGAAGAAUUACCUGGGAAACCAAACUAUCACGAAUACCGGCUCGACACAAAUGAGAGGUGUUAUAAUGGAUCUUAAGGCUGAUACAACCUACACGCUUCUAGUGCAAGCUAUCAAUGCUGCAGGUUAUGGGCGGCCGGCAUCGGUACUGGGUACCACGAACAGCAAUGCCAUCGUCAGCAACGUACGCAAGGGCAAGUCUUCCACUAACCUUGCACUGAUCAUCCCGCUGUGCAUCCUGGCGCUUGUGCUCAUUGUUGGCACGGCGAUCCUGUGGAGGAUGCGUCACCGGAUGCCGUGCCACCGAAAGCGGUAUAAAUUGCAAGCCAUCCCAGCGCACAAGCCACCGGGGACUGGAAAUGCAAAGCAGAACAAUCCUAUGCUGAAGUCUGCCAUGAAAAUGGUCGCAGAGCCACUUCCAAGGCCAGUAUCUCGGACCCCUCCAUACUCUCAAAUGGAAGACUAUGACAACAGUACUUUGUGUAGACCACUCGGCAUCACUGUGUAAUUGGCAAGUAAGAUGCUGCAUACAUAGUGGGCAGAGUGGAUUAGAAGACGAGCAGUAUUGUAGUAGAACUUUAUCCUCUUCUCAUGACCGGGCUGUCUGUAUCGGAGUGUGGAUGUCCUCCAGCUGAGCCUAGCCCAAUACGGUACAGAGUAUAUUUGACGGUGCUCUAGCUGCUGCAAGUGUGGGCUCGGCUGGUUGUGUGUGUUCAGAUAGCCAACCCACACCGGGCAUCCUACUCUGUCAGUCACUGGCCCGGUCCAUCUUUGAAGUGUGCCGCUAAGCCGCAAAAGUCCCGUAAAAUGUUCUCACAAACGUGUACAGAUGUACAGUGAUGUCCUGGUCGGUUGAAAAAAAGUAAGUAAGGGUAUUGUAUCAGUUGCAUUCUACUCAUCUCUACAUGUGUACAGCAUUGUCUUAUGAUCUCUAUCACCUACUGCCUGCUGUAGCCGGAUCUGGGUGAAUUGUGCAUGUGCAUGUGCAUGUGUGCAUGUGUGCAUGUGCAUGUGUGCAUGUGGCUAUUUGUGUGAUAACCUGUUUGCUGUACUAUAGCUUCCUCUCCGUCUCGAUUGUUGCGUUGCUGCCUGUUUUGUCUUCAAAGCUUCACUGCCCAGUCGUGUACCUAUACUGCCUCUGCCCUAUAUUCUAUCUCUCCUGCUGCCAUUUUGAAUAAUUAUUUCUAUUACCUUGCCGCAUAGUCUUCCACAUGGAUGCAUGGAGUGCAUGGAAGGAAUUCUACAUGGCCUUGCUCAGCUAGAAGCAUCUUCUGAAAAUGCAAAAUGUUUAUACCCCAACUUUAAAUCCGUCUUGUCGAACUAAUUUGCUGAUCACAAUUUACACCAUUUAUACGUCGUGCAUUAUCCACACAGUCAUACAAAACAAACUAUUAUCCUGUACUACAUGUACUACUACUUGGAAGAGUGCUUCUCGUCACAGAACAGAUAUCAGACCCGGCUAACAUUUGAAAGUAGCAAUGUUCUCAGUGGUUCUUGUGCCAAUAUUG